AUGUCUCGUGAAGAAGCUGACGCCUUGGUCAGAUCAACCGAUCCAGAGCACCCUGCAAAUCUCAUACCAGAGCUAUGCGCAUCGUUUUACCAUCUGGGAUGGGUUACAGGAACUGGAGGGGGUAUAAGCAUCCGUCAGGGGGACAAAGUAUAUAUUGCACCCAGCGGUGUCCAAAAGGAGCGCAUUAAGCCAGAACACAUAUUCGUUCUCCCCUAUCCUCGUCCAUCUCCCGACGUAUUCCUCCGGAAGCCCAUUCAGCCACUCAAGGAGUCCGCAUGUACGCCCUUGUUCUGGAACGCAUUUGAUUUAAGAGGUGCAGGAAGUUGCGUACAUACACAUUCACAACAUGCAGUCAUGGCCACACUUCUCUGGCCAGGGGAGACUUGGGAGGUCUCGCAUCUAGAGAUGAUCAAAGGUGUACGAGAGGCGGGGACCGGCAAAGCACUUUCGUACUUGGACACGCUCGUUGUACCGAUCAUUGAGAACACCCCAUUCGAGGAGGAUUUAAAAGAUAGUAUGGCUCAGGCAAUGAAAAAAUACCCAAACGCAGCCGGAGUUCUCGUUCGCAGACAUGGGGUAUAUGUUUGGGGAAACGAUUGGGAAAAGGCCAAGACUCAGACAGAGUGUCUUGAUUAUCUGUUUGAAGUUAGUGUCAAGAUGAAGUUGGCCGGGUUGUCGACCAAAUUGGAGUAA